AUGUCAAAUCAUGUCAUCACAUACAAGACGACCUCAUUUUCCCUCACAACCAUUUCUCUCAACACCAUCGCGCUCAACUCACCAGGUCAAGCCAUCAAUAUGCACCCAACAUCAUCUCUCUUUCUCAGUCUCCUCGCUGCCACCCUCAUAGCAGCCCAACUCUCCCCAGACAUCAACUAUUGCGAAGGCGACAAGAGCACAUUGGGCCACUGCGACACACUCACCUACGAAGACACCACCCUCUCCGCAGCCAACCCACCCACCGCAACAGAAUGCCAGGAGUCGUGUUUUAGUAUCUUCGGAGACGCCGGCGAAUGGGUCGUCCAUCUAGAAGGUAAACCCACCCCGUACCUCCACUCAUCACCCCACUAA